AUGCAGCUGAGCGACAUCGGAGCACCUGGAGCGGGGACGCUGUACACGUACGGGUUCGAGGACCUCGUCGAAGAUGACUGGGACAGCCUGGGGCAAGUUCUCGACGGUGUACCGCGUUGUGAGCUCGGCCACGAGCAAGCACAGGUCGACGACAGAAGGGGUAUCGUCAACGCCUAUCCUGACGUCGCUCAACAUUUUGCCGUCAGCCCCGGCCGUAGUCGCCUCGGUGUCCACGAUCACGGCUACUGCGACGCGCACAACCGUGACUACGCAAGUCACGACCGGCUCGCUCGAGGGCUCCUGCUCGCCAUCCAGCUCAGAGCCGGCCUCUACCGACUCAUCACCCUCCUCCACCAGUAUACCCACAACAUCCUCGUCUACGACCACGACCACGGCGCCCUCGCCCACGAAACGCUUCCCAUCACCCGACACGACCCCGCUCGCCUCUGGCACGACGACCCCUGUACAACCGCACCCGCAUCAUGUCUCGAAGGAGCAAAAGUUCUUCGCCCUCAAGCACACGCCCCUGUAUCCGCACCACCAGUUAAUCGCGCAACGCCUCCUGCGUGA